AUGGCUGUAAGGGCCAGCGACGAUGAGUCGACCGGUAGAUCAAACUCUGAGCUGUCGAGGUCUUUCAGAGUACACAAGAAGAGGCGAAUUUCGUCUUUCGGAGCACGACAACCACUGGCAGAGGAAUCUCUCCCCGAGCGCUGGGAAGUGGCGAUUGCUGCUAUCCGUGCAGAACUUUGGGCAUUGCGUGAAGAGCAGCAAGUUCGAUGCACAGCAGUGGUUGACCCUGGGAACAAACCCCGAUUCUCACCAGACCAGGUCGCAUACUGUGCAUCACCGACUGACUAUGUCUCACACAGCCAGACCAGCACCGUUGGAGACACUGUCGAACAUCGUCUCAUGAUGGCAGAAGACGCUGUUGUCAAGGAACAGAAACAAAGAGCAUUGUCAGAUGCAAAUUCUGACUACAACAACGAUCAGGUACGUAUGGAAGGGUCAUCUCGCAUUGAUAUCGACCAGAGUCAUGUUGACUCUCUCCUCUUACCUUUCUACUUCUGUCUUUUGGAAAAAGGAACCUAG